AUGCCACCCACCGUUGCAGAACUUGUUGGCCGCAACAACAAGACCUUAACAACGCACAUACCAGCGUUAUCCUUCAAAGAGAAUGCCGAAGCGGGUAUUGGUCCACCCAGGGUAGUAAUAAUCAGCUGCGUUGACCCCCGCGUCACUCCUGAGAAGUACUUCAGACUUAACCCCAUGGAAGCUCUUGUUUUUCGCAACAUAGCCGGUCAUCCACAGUCUUGCUGGAAGGACAUUGCGACUCUGGACACCUUCCUGAUUGAGUUUUUCAAGAACAGCGGUCUUGAGCAGCUCAUCGUUGUGCAUCACACUGACUGCGGUUCUACUGUUUUCACAAAUGACAUGAUCAGACAAGGCCUUCGGAAGAGACUUCCAGAAAGCCGCGAGAUCGCCGAGAUGGACUUCGGUGCCGUGUCUACGAGCAUUGAACAGAGCGUAAGAGAUGACCUGGCGUGGCUGGAAACGACGCCUUUCAUACGCAAGGAACUAGCAGACAGCGCUACGGGGUUUGUUUAUGAUAUCAAAUCAGGCAAACUUCAUCAAGUUUAG